AUGAAGCUGCUAUCCUUUCUUUUAUUGACCGGCGUAGCUCUUGCAGCCGCCAAACCUACCGUCUUCUUCAUCCGCCACGGCGAGAAGCCCCCAAGCCACGAUAACCCUACUCUGAGCCCCAAGGGCAAGAAGCGUGCUCAAUGCAUUCGGUCGGUCUUCGGCGACAAUUCCAACUUUGACAUAGGCUACAUCAUGGCGGAGACACCCAAGAAAAGUGGCUUCAGACAACGUCCAUUUGAUACGGUGGCGCCUCUGGCCAGCGACCUCGGCCUGGAAAUAGACACAUCUUGUGGGAAGAAGGACAUUGACUGCGUCCGAGACGCUGUUGAGAACUACGAAGGCAAGGGCAACAUUCUCAUCUGUUGGGAGCACAAGCGAAUCAAGAAGAUUGCAAAGGCGUUAGGAGCCAGACACGUGAAAAAGUACCCCAAGUACGCCUUCGACCUAAUAUGGAUCGAUCCAUACCCUUACGAUGAAAUCGUCGACAUAAUAUCGGAGGACUGUCCUGGGCUGGAUGAUUAG